GUUCUACAUAAACCAAUAAGGUUUGGAUGAGGGGUCUGCUGUGGUUUGCUUUCCCAAAACAACAAAAAAAAGGAGAGAGAGGAAAAUAGACUACAAGGGCAGAUCUAGCAGAGACAGCAAACACACAGGAGGAAGAGCAUUCUUUGUCUGGGGAUCUGAGAUUUUUAUCUUAUCCACAUAGGAAGCAAAGAACUUCUCUCCAGUGCUGCAUGAAGCGGCCAGGGAGUCGGAGCUGCACUACAGCCUGGAAGCGGCACCACCCCCUCUUCGUGCCGGAGGAGAACGAGCUGUGUGUGUGCGGGACCAAUCAUCCCAGCUUCUGAUCAUCCCAGCUUCUGAUCAGGGACCACUCAUCCCAGCUUCUGAUCUUCCCAGCUUCUGAUCAGGGACCACUCAUCCCAGCCUCUGAUCAGGGACCACUCAUCCCAGCUUCUGAUCAGGGACCACUCAUCCCAGCUUCUGAUCAGGGACCACUCAUCCCAGCUUCUGAUCAGGGACCACUCAUCCCAGCUUCUGAUCAGGGACCACUCAUCCCAGCUUCUGAUCAGGGACCACUCAUCCCAGCUUCUGAUCAGGGACUACUUAUCCCAGCUUCUGAUCAGGGACCACUCAUCCCAGCUUCUGAUCAGGGACUACUUAUCCCAGCUUAUGAUCAGGGACCACUGACCAGGGACCAUUCAUCCUAGCUUCUGAUCAGGGACUACACAUCCCAGCCUGUGAUCCGGGACUACACAUCCCAGCCUCUGAUCGGGGACUACGCAUCCCAGCCUGUGAUCCGGGACUACUGCUGCCAGCCUCUGAUCGGGGACUACUGCUCCUAGCCUCUAACCGGGUACUACUGCUCCCAGUCGGCGAUCCGGGACUGCUGCUCUCAUGUCCAUUGCGGGACACUACUGCUCUCCUCUAGAAGGAGAUCUGCCUUUAUAGACAUGAUUGUGUGGGAGGCAGGAGAGUCACCAUCCCGUGUCUGGAUUACUGUGUAAAAUAAAACAACUUCUAUGCCUGAUCAGAUGUUGCGGUUUCCCCCUAUCAAAGGUCUAUGGAAAUGCAGGAUCUAGCUAGUCCACAUAGUCGACUUAGUGGCAGUAGUGAUUCUCCCAGUGGGACAAGUCUUGAUAACUCACACAUAAACAACAAUUCCAUGACACCAAAUGGCACAGAAGAACUUUCGUUUUUCGACUCGUCUAUGGCCUACUUUAGUAAUAUUUCCUCUAAGAUGGAUUCAUCCAUGUCUGACAAAUAUGGCACAGUUAAAACAGAGCCAAUGAGCGGCAGUGACAUUGCUGCAACAACUGCUGACGGAUCUUUAGACAACUACUCCGGAUCAGUUAUUGGAAGCAGUGGAUUCAGCCCCAGACAAACACACCAGUUUUCCCCACAGAUCUACCCAUCCAACAGAGCUUACCCACAUAUUCUGCCCACCCCGUCUUCACAAACAAUGGCAGCGUAUGGGCAAGCCUCAUUUCCCACAGGAAUGCAACAAGCCACAACCUAUGCAACGUACCCCCAACCAGGACAGCCCUAUGGAAUUCCUUCUUACGGUGCAUUGUGGGCAGGCAUCAAGACGGAAGGAGGACUGCCACAAUCACAGUCACCAAGCCAAGUUGGAUUUCAGAGUUAUGGCUCAAGCUUUAGUGCUCCCCAGCCCGGACAGGCCCCAUAUAGUUACCAAAUGCAAGGGAGCAGUUUCACCACAGCAUCAGUAAUCUAUGCAGGAAGCAAUUCACUCACAAAUUCAACUGGAUUUAAUAGCUCCCAGCAGGAAUAUCCAUCUUAUCCCAACUUUAGCCAGGGUCAGUAUGCACAGUAUUAUAACAGCUCUCCAUACCCAUCACAUUAUAUGACAAGCAGCAACACAAGCCCCACAAUUCCUUCCACUACGGCCACAUACCAGUUGCAAGAGCCACCAUCUGGUGUCACCAGUCAAGCAGUAACAGAUCCCUCAGAAUACAGCACCAUAGUCCAUAGUCCAUCAACACCUAUUAAAGAUUCAGAUUCUGAUCGAUUGCGGCGUGUUUCAGAUGGAAAAUCACGGGGAAGAGGAAGGAGAAACAAUAACCCCUCCCCACCUCCAGACUCUGACCUUGAGAGAGUCUUCAUUUGGGACUUGGAUGAAACCAUCAUCGUUUUUCAUUCUUUAUUGACAGGAUCUUAUGCAAACAGAUAUGGAAGGGAUCCACCGACCUCAGUAUCACUUGGGCUUCGAAUGGAAGAAAUGAUUUUCAACUUGGCCGAUACACACUUAUUUUUCAAUGAUUUGGAAGAAUGUGACCAGGUUCAUAUUGAUGAUGUAUCUUCAGAUGAUAAUGGACAAGACUUGAGCACGUAUAACUUUGGGACAGACGGCUUCCCAGCUGCAGCAACCAGUGCAAACCUAUGUUUAGCAACUGGAGUUCGUGGAGGUGUAGACUGGAUGAGAAAAUUGGCUUUUCGUUAUAGAAGAGUAAAAGAAAUCUACAACACUUAUAAAAAUAAUGUUGGAGGUCUGCUUGGCCCAGCAAAGAGGGAAGCUUGGCUACAGUUGAGGGCCGAGAUUGAAGCCCUGACAGAUUCUUGGUUAACACUUGCACUGAAAGCACUCACUUUAAUUCAUUCUAGGACAAAUUGUGUAAAUAUACUUGUUACAACUACCCAACUUAUACCAGCAUUGGCAAAGGUCCUGUUGUAUGGAUUAGGAGUUGCGUUUCCCAUUGAAAACAUUUAUAGUGCAACUAAAAUAGGUAAAGAAAGCUGCUUUGAGAGGAUAGUCCAAAGGUUUGGAAGGAAAGUGGUCUAUGUAGUAGUAGGGGAUGGAGUAGAAGAAGAGCAAGGAGCCAAAAAGCAUUCAAUGCCAUUUUGGAGAAUAUCAAGCCACUCAGAUUUAAUGGCACUGCACCAUGCCCUGGAACUUGAUUACUUGUAGAAAGAAAACAGCACUUUGAUUCCAAAAGGAAAUCCAUCUUCGUGACCGGCUACAUAGACCAGAUGUGUUGGCGUCCCUAUGCAAUAUACAGAUAUGGAAGUCCUACCAGAAGUGUUUAUCUUCUGUCUGCUAUAUUGCUAGAAAAUGAAGCAACAGGACUUAGGAAGAUAUAAAAUGAGCCUAAUCAAUAUCAGAACACUUGCUUUUCUUAGAGUUCUAGAGACAUGUUAAAUUGUUCCAUGGAAUGAAUGGUUCAUACCUGUGAAGGGAAGACAAAGAGAGCUUGAGACUUUGUAGGCUCCACAAUUUCCAAUCUGGGGAGUUGGUUGAUGGAAUGGCAGGUUUUACUGCAAAUCAAACAGCUAUGCUAAAUCACUUAGUAUAGUGCCCUAUAAUCGAAGUUUACUGACUACAACUAAUUUAUAAAUGGACAUUGCAGCUUGACACGGAUAUGAAAACAAGGUACUACAGGCUGGAGACUUGGAAAUGUCUAUGUCUAAAGUAUGUAUACUGUAAUUUAAAACAAAAUGAUGUACAUCACUGAGACAAUCAUGUACAGAAAGAUUUUUGUGUAAAUUUGUAAUAAUAGUUUCUUUUACAUAUGGUUUAGGUAAUAUUAUUGAGGUAGCAAUGCCUUGUUAGAUCAGGUAUGCAGGGCGGUGUGUGUACAAACUGUUGUGCAGUGCCUUAACAAAGUGUUAGUUAUAAAUAUGUAGAUAUAUAUAUUUCUUUUGUUACAUGUAGGUAAAUUUGUUAAGACCAAACGCAUGGAUGUCAAGUGUCAAGAACAUUUUUCAUUUACUGUUUGCCAUUUUCAUACUGUACAGGACUAAUUUUCCAUCUAUACCACCAACAGCUUAUAAUAUUACAGACAUGACUUGAGCCCUGUCCUGACUACCCCUGUCCCAAAUCUAUCAGUCAAAAACUUCAGCUCACUAAAACAAAUAGCAUAUAGGUUUGAUAUUUGUAUUUUUUCACAUGAAAGCUAACUAUUGACCAUCUUUAUUUCUCAUAAAUCAGUGUCUGUAUUUUA